AUGGAUCUAGAACAGAACACUACUGCUUUCCCUCAUAUUAUAGAAGCUUUAUCCAAAGAACUUCCCGAAACUCUUCAUAAAACCACCGAAAUUGAAAUUCGUUUAGGAUCAAUUUUAGAUAAGCCGACCGGACAACGACUUAGUAUUGUUAUUACUCAUCCAUGCCUUAUUCGCCGGGCUGAUACUCUGCGUUUUCAAGCUUCUAUUGAAGAGAAAGACCACCAAAUUCUCAAUCAGUAUUUACAAGAGCAUUUACCAAAACCAGAAACAAAAAAGAUCCUUGAUACGUUAAUGCGCGGAUUCCGCCGUUCAGAAACAGUCGAGAUAAACGGCCAAAAGAUCAAAAGCAAAUCAAUUCUAAUCCAGAAAAGGAAAAUGAAAAACAUUGAUAUCUUUUGUCCCAAUACUCGUUAUGAUCUUCGGAUUGGUAUUAGUGAGGAAAUAAUUAAAGAAGAUACCAAUACUUCUCCUACUGUUUACGCCACUCGUGAAAAGCACCGUACUGUUUACACUACUCCUUCCUAUGUUCUUGAUCUAACUACCGUCCUAGCCAGCUCAGCCAAUUCCAACCAGCCGACAGAAAAGACCUUUGAAGCCGAGCUAGAAGCUAAUAACAGUACGUAUACUAAGCAAGGUUUCAUUCAAAUCAUUAUUAACUUUAUGCACACCCUACAGCAAAUCUUCCCUACACAUCCCAACCAUCCUAACAACCCCAAUCAAUCAUAA